UGCAAUUAUGCAACAUGAACACAUUUGACACUUAACAGUUUCCCAAUUAAAGGGAGCAGGUCCCAGAUUAUACAGUUUUUCAACAAAUUCAGAUGGGUGUCAGAGGUCCAACAACAUUGUUUUCAAAGUGUAUCACCACAAAUUCAACCUUGGUCCUUAAUGUCAGCCAUUCCAAAUGUUUUUGUGUCUGAACCUUUAAAUGUUUAUGAGUGGUGCCUGUCCACUUUAUGCCUCUUUCUGGGAGAGGAUCCGGCUUUUGAUGGCGCCCGCUUGCUGAUUUUUGAGGGCAGGCUCAGCUAGCCGGGCGGGAGGGGUCAAUGGCAGGGGGAGUGGUUAUUUCCCUUCGUGAGGUCACAAAGCGAACGAUCUCAGACUCACCUGUUUGAGCACACAUUAGCUAAAAAGUGGAGCAAGCAAGUGAAAGCGAAGACAGAAUUUUCUCAUUUUUUGGGCCUCAUACACAGGCUAUGAGGACACAUAUGACUGUUGGAAAACCUUUAGAAAGUUAAUUUAGCAUAAUUUGGGACUUUUAUGGGACAGUCAAAAGACAAGAUUUAGAAGUAAAAUGGCCAAAAUAUCUGUAAAUUUGGGCCAAGAGCUUUCCCAAAAAGUUCAAAAUUUUCCAUUAACACAACUUGGAGGAUCAUUUCAACAUUAGUGGCUCCAUUUGAUGUUUCUCUGAAAUAGAAAAUCAGUUGAAGUGGGAUUAAUUUUAUAUUUUCUUUUGAUCUUUUUGUCUUAUAAUGUUCCACCGUGGGAAAUACUGUAACUUUAAUUGUUUAACUGAUCUCAUUAAUAUAAAAAUGUAUUUUAAAAAAACUGGUUGUCACAGUGUUUGUGUUGGUGUGUAUUCUCAUACAGAAAUGUGUUUUUAAAGAGGUCAGAGCUGAAUAAACACCAACAGCUGCCUCAUUUACACUUCAGCAGAAACACACAUAUAUUCUAUAAACAAAUUAUUACAUGACAUUUUUUUACUGAUUAUAAAAUAAACAGAUGAAAAUCUUUGUUUCUGCUCUCUCUUUCUUUUAAGUUUCUUUUCUUGUUCUUUCAAAGUAACCCAGCCCCAACUUCCUGUCACGCAUAGACACGCAAAGUGUGGCCUCUCAAGACUUUGAACACGCCUACAUUCACACACACGCAUUACAACCUGCUGCAGUUGCUUUCAGUUUGAUCAGCACCGCUGCACACAGACCAUGUAAAGCUGCUGACACAGGAAAUGAGAAAGUACAAGCUUCAGCAGUUUUAUUCAGCCACCUGUUAACCAGAAUAACAGCUAAUCAAGACCCACGUUGCCACGUCAACAACAUAACGGCAUAUUAAGAUGGAGUUUGCAUGCACCCAUGUUGUGUGUAACUGGGAGCCAGAUGAAGCAGCAGGAGUUUCUCUUAUCAGGCCUGAAUAUGACAACAAAGCGGGUGCAAAACAGCAAGAAGGUCCAUCACCUCCACCGCUACCUCCUCGUCAUCUGAGGAAAUCUCGGCCUACUUCCCUUCCUCUACCACCUCUUGAUUCCUGCCAGCUUCCUCUCAUCCCUCUCUCCUUCCCUCCUCCUGUUCCUCCCAGAUCUGACAAGCUGGAAGGAGAAAGCAGGCUUAAAGCCAACGUCAACAUUGUCUCUCUCAGUGUUGGAAAACUGGUCAACAUCAGUCAAAAUUCAGGAAUGGAGACUUUCCAGAGCCCAGUGAUUUGUGGGAAAUGUAGUGCUGCCUUGUCGUGUCUAAGUUCCAUACAAAAGGACGUGUGGACAUGUGAGUUCUGUGGAUGUCAAAACAGCGUAGAUGCCGGUUUGUCCACAGUGUGUGUCGGUCAGCGUGCAGGUGUGCACAGUGAUGACCUUUACCUGCCCAACAUGAGUGAAGAUGACUAUCAGAACCUGGAAGACGCAGUUGUUGUUUUCUGUGUAGACAUUUCUGGCAGCAUGAGUGUCACAACAGAGGUUACAUCAGGCAGUGGCUCCUCAGUGCACAUAUCCAGACUAGAGGGUAUUCAGGACGCCCUGCAGAGGGCACUAACAUCUAUCCUGCAGCAGACUCCUCGCAGGAGAGUGGCACUGGUCACGUUCAAUGAUGAGGUUGUAAUUUACGGGGAUGGUACUAGUACUCCUCUCACGCUGAGGGACUGGGCGUUGGUUGACUACGACUACAUAUGGCAACAAGCUAUGGCUUACAGGAUCCCUCACUGCAUCGCAGAAACAUCCCAACAACUGAUUAAGAGAGUCAAGGAACUCAGGGAACAUGGGGCUACAUCUCUUGGUCCAGCAGCAUUAGCCUCAGUUGCCAUAGCGUCAAGGUACCCCGGCUCAAAGGUCAUUUUGUGCACCGACGGCAAAGCCAACAUUGGACUUGGUGAGAUGGAGGAAACUCCCUCUUUCUCCUCCCCCCACCAAACUCCUUACUUCUACCGACAGCUGGCUCUGCAGGCUGUUGCGAAAGGAGUCAUAAUAUCAGUAAUGACUUUUAAAGGAACAGACUGUUGCUUGGCUGAUAUAGGGAGACUGGCUGAUGCUACUGGAGGAAGGGUGAACAUUGUCACCCUUGGUGAUGUGGCAACACAGAUUCAGUCCGUCUCCAAGGACAAUGUCCUAGCAACAGGGGUCACAGCAACCCUACUUGCUCCUGAUGGAAUAUAUUUUCCGUAUGAGGAUGAAAACAAUCACAACCUGGUGAGAGAGAUAGGAAAUGUAACAAAAGGGCUGGAGAUCACCUUCCAGUUUGCUGUGAAACCGCAUUUUAUAGAAGUUUUUCACCAGAGGGGGACACUUCCAUUUCAACUACAGCUCAGCUUCAAGACCAGAGACCAACAAAGAGUCACUCGCAUCAUUACAGAACAGCGACCUGUAGCUACUAGCAGUCAAAUUCUUGUGUGUACACUGAACAUGGCAGUCCUUGGUGUUCACUGUGCCCAGCUCUCGGCCAGUUUGACCAUGCAGGGCCGAGUGCAGGAAGCACAGAAGCAACUUAGGGCACAACAAGACCUGCUCAAACAACUCAGUAGCUUGAGGCCAAUCCAAAAGGAAGAGAGUAUCUAUGGUAACUGGAUGGAAACCAUGACUACAAUCUGUGAUGACAUCACAACAGAAUCACAGACUUUGUCUGAUGAAGCAGCUGAGGUGGUGUACCAGAUGAAGAGAGCCAGCAGCAUCAGCAAAAACUACUAUAAAACCAUAGCUGAGAUCCAGAAGAAGAAGAGAGAGCAGAAAAGAAAAGCCACCAUGGAGGCAAUGUAGUACAAUAUUAGCCAUUCACAAAACAGAUACUAUAAGACAAACUGCUGAGUUCUGAGAAGAGAUUCAAUUAUUCUGAGUUUAUCAGGAUGGUUAAACUGUGACUUGAUGGUAAACAAUGGUUGUAAAUCUUUAAGGGUUUUCAUCCUGGAUUUAUCAUCUCAUUUACCACAUUGUAAUGCGCAGUUGUCGCAGAAAGUUGUCCUUUACUUCUAUGGUUUGAAACUAUUAAUAGCUAUAAAUGGAAAAAUUGGGAUCAGAAUUGUUAACGCCUGCAACAAAAAGAUCACCCAACAAUGUGGAGAUCUAGCAGGUGACAAAUUUGCUCUGUCCCAAAUCAUUUACACCCUAUGUUUGAUCAUACUAAAGAGAUGUAGCCAAACUAAUCUGUAUUUUAUUUAUUAUUAUUGCAAAUGUAUUCAUAAAAAGAGCCAGUUUCAUGUGUUCCAUGUUAAAGAAAAUAGCUUUACUGUUAAAAAGUGCUUUUUGAAUUUCUUCUUAAUAAUGAUGUCAACCAAUAACUUCUCUAUAUGGAUCUCUGUGAGAUAUUCUUAUUCUUUACUGACUCUUACAUCUGUGUGUACGAGUUAAUAAAUGUGCAUUGAAAAACAA